CUCUGAAAGAGAGAGAGCGAGAGACAGAGACAGUUAUUACUCACAACCUCACUGUGUUCAUGGUAUCAAGCUCCUGAACGUAUUUAACAAAUCUGGAAACUUCGUCUAACAGAAACUACAAAACUGAUUGCUGUUUGCUUUGAGAUGUGAUACUACAAAGACUUCACUAUGAGUAAAUCAAAAGACAGCAACCCCACAUCUUUCACCAUGGAGACAGAUGACAGGAAGGAUGAAGAGAGGUCAAAAAAAGUGAAGAAAAAGGAUAAGAUGCCCAUGGACACAUAUUUCCGGGAAGAUGAAAUGGAUGACACACCGAGAAUUAAAUUUAAUUUACACUUUGACAAGGGAAUUAGACAUGUGAAAGAGGAACCACGAAAAAUAACUGAGGCCUUUACUGUCAAGAAGCUGUUUGAGGCCGUUUCCAGUGGCAAUGUCUCUAAACUGCAGGGUUUACAUGAGUACCUGCACAAAACCAUGAAACAUCUCUCAGACUCCCAAUAUAAGCCCAAUGGAAAGACAGCCUUGCACAAAGCUCUUUUAAACUUGAAGGAUGGUGAAAAUGACACUAUUGAAUAUCUGCUCGACAUUGCAGAGAAGAUGGGAGAUUUGAGGAAUUUCAUCAAUGCUGCAUACACAGACAGUUUCUACAAAGGUCAGACAGCUCUACAUGUUGCCAUCGAAAGGAGGAGUGCAAAGUUUGUACAGAUGCUGGUUAAGAAAGGUGCAGAUGUCCACGCUACGGCCUGUGGGAAAUUCUUUCAGCCCAAUGAAGGGAUGUGCUUCUAUUUUGGUGAGUUGCCGUUGUCACUGGCCGCUUGUACUAAUCAGACAGACAUUGUGGAUUUCCUGAUGGAAAACCCAUAUCAGCCAGUGGAUGUCACUAAAAAGGAUUCGCAUGGAAACAUGGUGCUUCACGCUCUAGUAGCCAUAGCAGAUAACAGCAACGAGAACACAGAGUUUGUCAUUGCCAUGUAUGACCACAUCUUAAGGAAAGUCGCUCAACUCCACCCUAAGACAAAGCUGGAGGAAAUCGAAAACAAUCAGAGACUCACACCAAUCAAACUAGCAGCCAAGACCGGAAAAUUUAGGUUGUUUAAGCACAUAGUGCAGCGAGAGUUUAAAGAUUGCAGGCAGCUGUCUCGGAAGAUCACGGAGUGGGCAUAUGGUCCAGUUUGCUCCUCAAUUUAUGAUCUCGACUCCCUGGACAGCUACGAGAAGAACUCUGUGCUGGAGAUUGUUGUUUAUGGCAGCGAGAUUCCUAACCGCCUUGAGAUGCUUCAUAUUGAGCCUCUUAAUAAACUACUUGAAGAGAAGUGGGAUAGAUAUGCUCAACGGAUUUUCUUGUUCAACUUUAUUGUAUAUCUUGCCUACCUUCUCAGCUUUACAGCAGUAGCUUAUUACCGGCAAGAAGGAAAGAAGCCUCCAUUUCGUUACGACAAGGAAAGUGAGCACCUGUACUUUACAGGACACAUGAUUAGUGCCAUUGGAGCUCUUUACUUCUUUUUUAGAGGGUUAUUAGAUUUAAUCAGGAAGCAUCAGAGAUUUCAGUGCCUGGGAGAUGGAUACUCUGAUCAACUUUUUUUUUUGCAGGCUCUGCUCUUUAUAGUGUGUGCUGUACUGUAUUUUUGUGGUCAAGGGGAAUAUCUGGGCUUUCUGGUUUUGAGUCUUGCUUUGAGCUGGCUAAAUCUACUCUACUUCUCCAGAGGAUCCCAAUUUAUGGGAAUCUACAGUGUCAUGAUACAAAAGAUGAUUAUUGGAGAAAUUAGGAGAUUCAUUGUUGUGUAUAUGGUCUUUCUCAUUGGAUUCUCGGCAGGUAUUGUCCUCAUUUGCACCUUUCAAUACUGUUCUUCUGUUGAAUUAACUGAAAAUGUAUCAUAUUUAACUUUAACAACAUUUGCAUUUUUGCAUUUUUUUGUUUCUUACUCAACAGCCGUGGUAACACUUCUUUAUGGUCACCCAAGACCUGUAACACAGACACGUUCCUUUUUCAAGCAUUAUAAUACUACUGGAAACUGUGUAAAACCAAAAUAUGAGAAUAUCUCCCGCACCACUCUGGAGUUGUUCAAGUUUGCUAUUGGCAUGGGAGAUCUGGAGUUCACAGAUCAGUAUGAAAACCAGGCAGUGUUCUAUCUGCUGCUAAUCUUGUAUAUAGUGUUGACCUACAUACUACUACUAAAUAUGCUGAUCGCACUGAUGAAUAAAAGCGUGGAGGAUACACACAAAGAGAGCACCAGUAUCUGGAAACUUCAGCGUGCAAUGAGCAUCUUGGACAUGGAGUGGUUUUUUCCUUGUUGUCUUAAAGAAAGGCUGCGCUCAGGGGAAGAAAAAGACCUGGGCGAUGGACUGGAAUCUGAUCGACGAUGGUGCUUCAGUGUGGAGGAAGUUAACUGGAACCAAUGGAACAGAAACCUGUCUAUAAUCAAUGAGGAUCCUGGGAGCUUAUGCACAAGUGGACCUUCCCCAUCUAAACCGAAAAGAGAUAUCAGCCGGCUUGGACUCCUCCCAGUUCUCAGUAAGCGGUGGACACAAAGACGAACACCACGGAGUGAUGCGCACGAGCUCAGUCAUCUAGCUGAAGUCUCUAGCGCCCUCUGAUGGUCUCAUAAGAAACACCGUCACUAAACAGUGUGAAAUCUAUAUGCCUGGUUUAAGGCUCAUUUUAAGAACAAGCUGUUAAAAGUAUUUAAUCUACUGUAAGUAUAUGUGCAAUCAAAUAAGAUUAA